AUGGGAACCAGGCUGAAUGCCAUUCGCGAGGCAUGUCGCCUUACGCCCGACGAGAGAUCCGAGGACAACAUUAACGACGUCCUCGAGUUUGUCCGCGAUGUAAAGUUCUUCGCCAAGCUCACCAACUUGCAGCAAAAGUCUUUGUGCAAGACUAUGACAAUCGAGUCUUUCGAUCCUCGCCAGAACAUCUUCGAGGUCGGAGAUGUGGGAGACAAAUACUACAUCAUCCUGACCGGCAGCGUUAGCGUUCAGGUCCCUGUGCCCAACACGCCUUGUCCGAAUGGGAUACACACAGUCAGGUGUGACUGCAAGAAUCGGCCCCUCGAGACGACGGUGUUCCUGGCCAAGGGGAGCGGUUUCGGCGAGUUGGCGCUGCAGUCGGACCAGCCAAGGAGCGCAACCAUCUUUACCGGUGAGAAGACCGAAGUCUUGGUCAUCACCCGAGAUGACUACGAAAUGUAUGUCGGUGCCUUGUGGGAAGGCGUAGUGCGCCAUGGCCUGGCUGUGAGCUUGCACAAAAUCGCAGUCUUUCUUGCAGAUGUGGGCAGUAUGGGGCAGCAGUUGUUCUUGCCCGGCUCCUCAAACACGUGGAAGGUCAGUCGAAUUCGCAGCUGCACAUCCGUUUUCAAUGCCUAA